AUGUCCGAUACUCAGCUCGCUGAUCAAUUCCUAUACCAAUCUUCGCUUAAGAGCGAUCCGGCCGUUAAGGUCAGCUCUCGAAAGCGUGUGCCGUACGUCAUCGAUCUAAACCAGGGUUCGUAUGCGAAUGGUAUUAUUACGAUUGAUGCUACAGCUCAGCUUAAUGGGGCUGAGGGAUUUGCCUGCCUCAGAGAUGCCUACGUUGUCAUUCCGUACAAGGUGAGUAUGAAGAAUACUCAUGCUUCUACUGCGCUUGCUGCGGCUGCCAACCGACUGAGCGUUGGUCUCAAAUGCGGUAUAUGGAAUGUUAUCGAUGGUAUGUCGCUGGAGCUUAAUGGUAAGAGCUUGAUUUCGAUGAGUGAGUAUAAGCUGUUUGCUAACAACCUUCGUGCUCAAGCAGAGACCUCUGUAAAUAAGCAUGGUGCUGAGGAUUUCUUAUUCCCCGAUAGCUCUGGCUCGUUGUUAUUCUCGUCUGCUACAAGCAGCCUGUAUGGUGAUGGUUAUUCGAAUACGGCUUCGGAUAUCACUCCUGCUUUGGGUACGGCUUCUACAGGUGCUGGAGUUCUUGCAUCCAACGAAGGCUUCGUAAAGCGUCUUCUAUCCAAUCCACCUACAGCAGGCGGUCAGAACACUAACGGUUGGGUUAGUAUCGCUUCUGGAGCUGCGAACACUAUUGCGAACCAGUUUGGGCGAGGGGCCUUCCUUGAUCUCAUGGCUAAUCCUCAGAUCAAGCUUCGUUUCCGCGUAAAUCAGGGAUCGGCCGUAAUCAACCUUAGCACUACUAAAGCUAUGUCGCUUUCAUCGACUACGCUUGUUUCUGGUCAAUCAUGCCCGAUCAUGGUAGCCUCUUCGGCUGGGUCUGCUCCUAAUAGUGGCGUAUUUAAUGCUACGACCGCAGGUCAGAUCUCGGUGGCAUGGGGUGCUAUUACCAAUUCUCUUGAGCCAACCAUUGAUAGCACCUAUUUCCCUUUUACUACUACUCGUCUGUACGUACCAUUCCUUGAUCUCGAAAAUCCUCAAGCUCUGAUCAGCAAGCCUAACAAGACUGUCCGAUACAUGGAUUACUAUGCGCAAUGGUUCUACCAACGCGCAGGUACUGGCGUCAGCUCUACUCAGCUGAACACUGCAUUCGAUCUACAGCUCUCUACUAUUCAGCAGUUCCAGUCGUGUUUCGAUAGUGCCCCUUGGACUGUUCAGCCUGGUUCGUCGAUUCGCAACUUUAAUGUUCGUAUUGGUUCGCAGCAAGUAUUUGAUAUCUCGUAUGACUAUGAUUUCCAGGACUUCAUCAAUGAGUUCGCUAAGCUUGGAUCGAUUAAUGGUGAUCUAACUAAGGAACUAUCGAAUGGUCUGAUCGAUUACCAAACCUGGCAGCAAACCAAUCGUGUGCUUGUAGCAGACGUAUCUUGCUUUUUACUAUGA